AUGCCUAAUCUCGACGAAUCGAAAACGAAAACUGGUAUAGAGGAGUGUCUGGACCAACUAAAAAUCGUCCCGGAGACAUCAGGAAAUGUCGAAGGGACGAAAAGUAUCAGUAAGCAUCAACGUUUCCUUCUGAUGGCCAAAAUGACGUCACUUCGAAGUAAAGAUCCGAACACGCAAGUAGGAUGUGUCAUAGUCGACAAAGACGACAGCAUCGUAUCCGUAGGAUAUAAUGGAUUCCCAAUUGGAGUGGACGAUGACGUCUUCCGAUGGGAUAAAGAGGAUCCCGAGGACAACAAACAUCUGUACGUAGUGCACGCCGAAAUGAAUGCCAUACUAAACAAGGUACGUAAAGAAUAGUUUCUUUUCCGUUUCCACAAUAUCCCCUUUCAGCGAUGUGCAACUCUCCACGACUGCACCGUCUACGUAACUCUGUUUCCCUGCAACAGAUGUGCUCAAGUGCUCAUUCAGUCAAGAGUCAAAAAAGUUUACUUUCUAGAGGACCGCGAUGAGCUGGUGUUUCGAGCCUCCAAGAAGAUGCUAGACCACGUGAAACUACCGUAUGAAAAAAUCGCCAUGCCUUACGACAAGUUAGUUAUCGAGCUUUAA